UAUAUAGUGUAUCUCCUGAUCUGCAGCAGUGAAUUGUUUAGCGCACGUAACGCCGAAAGUGGCUUUAGGUUCAAGAAUCAAGCAAUGGUUGCUGGGUGCGUCCUGCUGCUUCUGCUGCCUGCGGCCUGGGCAUGUCCCCCACAGAAAGCAGACUACAUCAUGGUCUCCUGUUUCCCAAACAUGAUCAUCGCCAACGUGCCCGAGUGCCCCUACGGCUGGGAGAUUGACCAGCUGUCCCUGGGAGGCACUUGUUACACAGGAGUCAGCAGCCCUGGGUACUACCGCUUCUCCAUCCCAGACCUGACACCCAGGAACCACUCUUACUGUGGUACUCAGUCAGAGUACAUGGAUGGCAAAGACCCCAAAUAUGUGUUUCACAACUAUAUCAUCUCCAAUGACACGUCUCUGACCGUGAGGAACCAGCCGGUUAACUACUCCUUCAGCUGCACGUACAGAGCAGCCUACCUGGUGAACAACGCCGUGUUCAGCCAAAGAGUUGCAACAGUAUAUGUGAACAACGGGAGUAUAGGGUCUUUUAAAUCUCAGUUGUCCAUGAACGUGUUCACUAACUCCAAGUUCCUGUAUGCCAAGGAUGCACCCUAUGUGAUUGACACAUCAGAGAUUGGUUCAGAGGUCUUCAUUGGCAUAGAGGCCAAGGGACUCAGCAGUAGGUUCAAAGUUGUGAUCAACAACUGUUGGGCAACACCGUCUCCCUACUCUACAGACAGGAAGAGGUGGAGUCUCAUAGUCAACAGCUGUUCCUCAGACUCCACUGUGACCAUUUUCGAGAACGCCAAGGACAGCCGCUCCAUGUUCAAGUUCAACUCAUUCCGCUUUCAGCGGCUGGAGAAAGUAUCCACCGUGUGGCUCCACUGUGAGGUCCAAGUGUGUGACGGCGAGAAGCUCUUCUGCCAGCCAGCCCCGUGUACAUCCAGAAGUCUACGGUCUGAGCUGGAAACUCCUGAAGGGGUUCUUACUGUGGAGUUUCAACUCAGAGCUGCUGAGUCGUCCAGUGACCGAAAUUUUGCAGGAUCUGCACUGUGCCUCCUGUGCGCCACGCUGGUGAACGCACUGCUGUCAUACCUGCGCUCACCAGAGGCAUAACCACGCACCUGGUGGCAUCUCCUCUCCUGGCUCAGCACACAUACACACACUCACACAUACUUAUAGAAAGGGGAUGGGUGUUUCUCACAGUCCAGUCUCAGGGAGUUUACUACACAUCCCU